AUGGAGUCAUCGGAAUGGCUAAGGAAUUAUAUCUGGCGAAAUGCUGGCUUUGGAAGCCUCAGAGAUAUUCGUUUUCAAAUUGAGGACUACGAACCUCGCUACGACCCCACAGUCAUCCCGAUAAUCUCUACAGAACUGAAGGAGACCAAGACGAAGCGAAAUGAUGUGGAAAAGGCCGCUCCCCGCGGCUCUAGGUUGUCUGGAUACUAUUCCGUUGCCGAUUACCAUAGGCUCUAUCUAUCUGGAGAGAUAUCUCCUGUCGCGGUUGCGAAGGCUAUCCUCCCUCUAAUUCGUAGGGAUACGGAUUCCCCCAUGCAGUACUCAACAGCCUGGUUUGAGGUCAAGGCUGAGCUGGUGAUGAAGGCCGCAAGAGCCUCGGCAAAGAGAUAUAAGGAAGGAAAGCCGCUGGGCCCUAUGGAUGGUGUCCCUACAGCUGUAAAGGACGAAUACGAAAUGGAUGGCUAUAAAACCUGUCUAGGCUCCCGAAACGAUUACACCGCGACGCCGUCUACGGAUGGCGCUAGCAUCACGAGUUGGUGUGUUAAACAGCUGGAGGAUGCCGGCGCCAUAAUAUUUGGAAAACUUUCCAUGCAUGAGUUUGGACUUGACACGACGGGGAACAACCCCAUAUACGGCACCCCAAGGAAUCCCUUCAAUGAUGAAUACUACACCGGUGGCAGUUCUUCUGGGAGCGGAUACGCUAGGCUUUGCCAGGCAAUGAUUGACCGACUGGUCAGGGAGCAUGGUUACCAAACAGUGCCUAUCAAGAUUCCUUUUACGCCUCAAGGCCAGAUUGCCCAUGCAAUGACGGUUUUAACGGACGGCGCAACGCUCUUGCCAGAGACGAAGAACCUCACUCACGCAAACAAGAUCCUGCUGGCACUUGGGCGUACGACACCGUCAACGGAUUACCUGCUCGCGCAAAAACUUCGGGCGCUUCUCAUGAAGCACCUCGCUUACCUCUGGACGAAACACCCAGGCAUGGUCAUCAUCACCCCGACCACAGCUUGUGCUGGUUGGAAGAUCCAGACGCAGUCAGAGCUUGAAAAUGGGCUCAGUGAUGGCGACAAAACAAUUAGAUCCAUGAUGUAUGUCUGGUUAGCCAACUUCUGUGGCCUUCCCGCUCUUACCGUCCCUGCCGGCUACCUUGCACCAGAGGGUAGCCCGGACGCGGGCGGGGUGGCAGAUGAGAAAAUUGAAGGCAAAGUACCGGUCGGACUCAUGGGGACGGGCGAAUGGACUCAAGAGCAUAACUUGCUACAGUUUGGCGUCGAUGCAGAAGCAGUCGGUGCGGAUAUACGGCUACGGCCACCAAUCUGGGUAGAUGUUGUCGCGAAGGCGCGUGAGGAGAUGAAGAUGGCAGAGAUGCCCCGGCUCCCCGCCUUUGUCGCGGCGGGAGCGCUCCUCCUAGCAGGCCUAGGAGUCGCCGAGCCGCUCACCCCAAAACACGAAGCGGGUCGCUGCGCUAUUAGAGGGCAAUGUGGUUCUAAGAGCUGGUUUGGGAAGCAGCUUCCAUGCCUCGACAACGGUCUUGCGGAAGACCCGGAGGAGGACGUGAGGAAACAGCUGGUCGACCUGUGUGGUCCGAAAUGGAACUCGGGUCCCAUCUGCUGUACCCCGGAGCAGAUCUCUUCUCUCAAAUCCGAACUCUCGACUGUGAACCAGAUCGUAUCCUCAUGCCCAGCAUGCAAAGACAACUUCUUCAACCUAUUCUGCACCUUUACGUGCUCACCGGAUCAGUCGCUCUUCCUCAACGUCACGGCUACGACGAUAAAGGCUGGGAAGACCAUGGUGGCCGAACUUGACCAGCUCGUUUCUGAAGAGUAUAGGCAGGGAUUCUACGACAGCUGCAAGGACGUAAAGUUCGGCGCUUCCAACGCGAACGCGAUGGACUUUAUUGGCGGCGGCGCGAAGACGCCAAACGACUUCCUCAAGUUUCUGGGCGACGAAAAGGCCAUCGGUUCGCCUUUCCAGAUCAAUUUCCCUACAAGCUACUCUCAGCCGGAUAUGGCGCCGAGGAGCAUGGUCCCGAAAAAGUGUAACGAUGACGACCCUAAUUUCAGCCUGCUGCUGCUUUCGUUUGCUGGCACUGUCGCCGGCCGGAUCUUCUGGAGGCGCCAUUCCCGGAGACGCACUGAGCGGUUGCGACUUCUCCAAGAUGCCGCCGCCAGCGACGAUGAAGAAGACGAGGGGAACCUCGGUCACAACGGAAUCCUAUACGACCAACCUCAACGCUACUAUCGCAUCAAUACCUGGUGCGACAAGGCAUUCAGCAAACUCGGCCAUGCCGCUGCCAGGUUCCCUGCCAUCACGAUCGUCACGAGCUUGACUAUUGUGGCGAUUCUCAGCGUGGGUUGGAUCAGAUUUGAUUUGGAGCGUGAUCCCGCUAGGCUUUGGGUCAGCCCCACCUCCGCGGCUGCGGAGGAGAAGGCGUUCUUCGACUCCAACUUUGGCCCGUUCUACCUUCUCAGCUAUGAUACUAUCAUCUGGUGGAUGGGCGUCGAGGAGGGCAUCAAGAAGCUUCAAGGACCGAAGCUAGGAGCUACCCUCGAUGACGUGUGCCUGAAGCCAACCGGUGACGCUUGCGUUGUCCAGUCGGUCAGCUCGUACUUCUCUAAUGAGCCGUCGCUCGUUGGCAAAAACACCUGGAAAGACGACCUUCGCGCAUGUGCCAAGUCUCCUGUCGAGUGCCGCCCAGAGUAUGGCCAACCGCUUGAGCCAACCAUGAUUCUUGGCGGAUACGAUACAGAUGUCGCUGAAGCCCAGGCCAUGACUGUGACGUGGGUUGUCAAUAAUGCUGCCGAAGGGUCGCCCGAGGUGAUGAGAGCUAUGGACUGGGAGGCCGCUCUCCGAGAUCGGUUGAAGGCGGUCCAGAUCGAAGCCAAGGAGCGCGGUCUUAGGUUGUCUUUCUCGACCGAAAUUAGUCUGGAAGAGGAACUGAACAAGUCUACCAACACCGACGCAAAGAUUGUAGUAAUCAGCUACCUGAUUAUGUUCUUCUACGCCUCGCUCGCCCUCGGAUCCACCACUCUCUCUUUGCGCCACUUGCUACGAAACCCUGCGGUUGCCUUGGUCCAAUCCAAGUUCACACUUGGCGUGGCCGGCAUCGUCAUUGUGCUCAUGUCCAUCACUGCAUCGAUCGGCCUCUUCUCCUGGGCCGGGCUCAAGGCUACCCUCAUCAUCGCCGAGGUGAUCCCCUUUAUUGUCCUGGCCGUUGGUGUCGAUAACAUCUUCCUCAUCGUCCACGAAUUCGAGCGCGUCAACGUUAGCCACCCCGAUGAGAUGGUUGAGGAGCGAAUCGCCAAGGCUCUCGGCCGCAUGGGGCCCUCGAUCCUCUUCUCCGCCAUCACCGAGACCGUGUCUUUUGCACUGGGCGCGUUUGUCGGAAUGCCGGCCGUCCGCAACUUUGCAAUCUACGCUGCUGGUGCGGUGCUCAUCAAUGCGGUCCUUCAGGUCACUAUGUUUAUCUCGGUCCUCGCGAUGAACCAAAUUAGGGUUGAGGAUAAUCGCGCGGACUGCAUUCCUUGUAUCCAGGUCAAGUCGGCUAGGAUUCAACUUGGCGGUGGCGGCGCCAAUGGUCAUGCCGGGGGCCGCUUCUACGAGCUCACCAUCACCGGCGUCUUCCUAGGCGUCUUUGCGGCAAGCGUGGCGCUGAUUCCCAAAGUCGAGCUUGGUCUCGACCAGCGAGUCGCGAUUCCCGACGACUCUUAUCUUAUCCCCUAUUUCAACGAUCUCUACGACUACUUUGACGCUGGCCCACCGGUCUACUUUGUCACGAGGGAGAGCAACUUGACGGAUCGGGAGCACCAGCAGGAAGUAUGUGGUCGCUACACUACCUGCCAGCAAAUGUCUCUCGCCAACAUUUUGGAAGGCGAGCGCAAGAGGUCAGAGGUCUCGUACAUUUCCUCGCCCACGGCAAACUGGCUAGACGACUUCUUCCUCUGGCUGAACCCAGAUCUCGGGGACAAGUGCUGCGUAAACGGCAGGCGGGCUUGCUUCGCCAAUCGGGACCCGGCCUGGAACAUUACCCUCUCCGGCAUGCCCGAGGGUGACGAGUUUGUGCAUUAUCUCGAACGGUUCCUGAAGGCGCCGACCAACGAGGACUGUCCUCUUGGUGGAGAGGCUUCCUAUGGGCAAGCCGUAGUCGUGGACUCGGAAAAGAAUACGGUCAUUGCGAGUCAGUUCCGCACUAGCCACUCACCUCUGCGAAGUCAAGAUGACUUUAUCAAGGCCUAUGCUUCGGCGCGCCGUAUCUCCUCCGAUAUCAAGGAGAGCACGGGCAUUGAAGUGUUCCCCUACAGCGUCUUUUACAUUUUCUUCGACCAGUACGCCAGCAUCGUCUCCUCACCGCGGCUCUGCUCGGGAUCAUUUGCCACUGCCUUUGCUGUGACCAUCACGGUGGUCAUGGCGGUCGUCGAUAUCAUUGGGGCAAUGGCGGUCUUUGGAGUGUCACUCAACGCGGUGUCCCUCGUCAACCUCAUUAUUUGCGUUGGAAUUGCCGUGGAGUUCUGUGCGCAUAUCGCUCGCGCCUUCAUGUUCCCAUCCCGCACGCUCAUGGAACGUGCCAAGAACCGGUUCCGCGGACGUGAUGCGAGGGCCUGGACCGCGCUCGUCAACGUCGGCAGCUCCGUCUUCUCGGGCAUCACUGUGACCAAGCUCCUCGGAGUGUGCGUGCUAGCCUUCACCAGGUCGAAGAUUUUUGAGAUCUACUACUUUAGGGUCUGGCUGGCGCUCGUCAUUUUCGCGGCAACGCACGCCCUCAUCUUUUGCCGGUAG